GGUUAAAGUACGAUACCUGGCAACCCUUCUCUCGGCUACACUGAUAAUAGGCAGAGAGGCGGGGCCACGCUAGUGUCUUGGUAGAUUCUGGAACCUCAUGCCCACGCUAUGGAGAAAGCAUCACAACUGAAAGAUCAAGGUAACAAGGCGCUGAGCGCAGGAAACGUUGACGAGGCGGUCAGGUGCUACACCGAGGCGCUGACGUUAGACCCGUCCAAUCACGUCCUCUUCAGCAACCGCUCCGCCGCGUACGCCAAGAAGGGCGACUAUGACAAUGCCCUGAAAGACGCCUGCCAAACCAUAAAGAUCAAGCCGGACUGGGGCAAGGGUUACUCAAGAAAAGCAGCUGCUUUGGAGUUUCUCGGGCGACUAGAGGAUGCCAAAUCAACCUAUCAGGAGGGCUUACGCCAAGAGCCGUCCAAUCAGCAGCUCAAGGAGGGUCUUCAGAACAUUGAAGCCCGGUUAGCAGAGAGAAAGAUGAUGAACCCGUUUUCCAUUCCCAACCUGUACGAGAAGCUGGAGGGCGACUCUCGAACCCGAGCGCUGCUGUCUGACCCCAGCUAUAGGGAGCUGCUGGAGCAGCUCAGGAACAAGCCCUCGGAGCUCGGCACGAAGCUGCAGGACCCGCGUGUGAUGACCACUCUCUCUGUGCUGCUGGGGCUGGAUCUGGCCGGCAUGGAUGAAGAGGAAGAAGCGACUCCACCCCCUCCACCCAAACCCAAAGAGACGGCCCCGCCCCCUCCGAAAGAGGAAGACCUGCCCGAGAACAAGAGAAUGGCCUUGAAGGAGAAGGAGCUGGGAAACGCAGCGUAUAAGAAGAAAGAUUUUGCUGCUGCACUGAAGCACUAUGAAGAAGCUCUAAAGCACGACCCCACCAACAUGACCUAUCUGUCAAACCAAGCAGCUGUUCAUUUUGAGAAGGGCGAGUUCGAUAAGUGCCGAGAGCUGUGCGAGAAGGCCAUCGAGGUGGGCAGAGAGAACCGUGAGGAUUACAGACAGAUCGCCAAGGCGUACGCCAGGAUUGGAAACUCCUACUUCAAGCAGGAGAAAUACAAGGAGGCGGUCCAGUUUUUUAACAAGAGUCUGACAGAGCAUCGCACGCCUGAAGUGCUCAAGAAGUGUCAGCAGGCGGAGAAGAUUUUAAAGGAGCAGGAGAAGCAGGCCUACAUCAAUCCAGAUUUGGCACUGGAGGAGAAAAACAAGGGCAAUGACGCCUUCCAGAAGGGUGACUAUCCUUUGGCCAUGAAACAUUACUCGGAGGCCAUCAAGAGAAACCCGUACGAUGCAAAACUCUUUAGCAACAGAGCUGCCUGCUACACCAAACUACUGGAGUUCCAGCUGGCCCUCAAGGACUGUGAGGAGUGCAUCAAACUGGACCCGAACUUCAUAAAGGGUUACACGCGCAAGGGAGCCGCACUGGAGGCUAUGAAGGACUUCUCUAAAGCUAUGGAUGUGUACCAGAAAGCUCUGGAGCUCGACUCCAACUCGAAGGAGGCCACAGAGGGUCUGCAGCGCUGCAUGGUGAGCCAAGCCAUGCGUAACGACAGUCCAGAGGACGUGAAGCGGAGGGCCAUGGCCGACCCCGAGGUGCAGCAGAUCAUGAGCGAUCCUGCCAUGCGCAUGAUCUUAGAGCAGAUGCAGAAAGACCCACAGGCCCUCAGCGAUCAUCUAAAGAACCCUGUCAUCGCUCAGAAAAUUCAGAAACUGAUAGAUGUUGGGCUAAUAGCGAUUCGGUGAUCAAAGGAAGCAGAAGAAAACCCAGGACAUUAUUCAUCUACAGAACAGCAGCAGAAGACUACGACAGAUGGCGGCAUUCCAAACAAAUUAUUCACCAAAUAUAACAGAACCCUUCUCCUCCCACUCGUCCCAAUACAAAUGAAUGUGUGUUUUUGUUUUUUGUUUUUUUUUUUCCCCUUAAUUGGAUUAAAAAUAUGGCAUGAUUGGUCUGUCCUCAGCACUGCAUUCACUAGUAUCAGCUAUUAUGGUUUUUGGACAUUUUAUUGUUCAUGAAACAAAAAUACUUGAGAGCAUCUGGUGAGACAUUAGCCUGUUAAAAGAGUGGAUUUUGAGACUUCAUGUUAAAAGCAGUUUUAUUAUUUUUAUGUUUUGUAUUUGUUUUCUUUUUUUACAUCUCAGUAUUUGGUAGAUUAAAUGCAGAUUCGUUAUGAAUCUGUCCUCUUAUGGUUUUUGUACAUGGGGGUUUUGUUUCUUCGUGUUUUGGAGGAGAGGGGAGGGAAGCGUUGUGACAUUCGCUCGCCAUCACUGAUUAAUUUCCACACAGUAGGCCUGUUAGAAACCUGUCUGUCUCUGAAUGUGAAUGCGUCGCUCUUAUUCUACUAUAUAAUGCACUUCUGUUGGUGGGGAGAGGUGGGCAGAUCAGACGGCUCGUUCAAGCUCAACUGCCUCCACCUGUUUGGCUUCGGUUCAUAGUUUGCGAUCGAUUGACUGUGAUUUCAGCUUCACCGUAUUGAAAUGCAACAUCAGUUUAAUAAAAGUUCUGGAUCCAUGAA